GGGGGCGUGUUUCAAUCGGCCUAACAGGCUCUGCUCUUGUGUGGAGUCCAGAGCGCAAAACGCACUUCUCGAGGGCGCAAAGCAAUCUUACACCCUGACGCGCAGACCAUCUCCGGCUCAGGCGGACCCCUCCAUCCAAGGGAAGGAAAAUACGAAUCUUUCCACAUUCGACGUCUCCCCUCACCCUCCAGCCAUGUUUGCAUUUCGAGUUGUUACGCUUUAUGUGAGCCUGCUCCUUGUUUUCCUUUGGAAUAUACCAUGUUUCCAGUCAGCUGCUAUCAUCUCUCCCUCUAGCCCGAAGAGGAACAGGGGAGCCAGGCUCCCUCAUCAGGGCGGACAAAGGUCAACCAAACUCCUAAAAGACAUCUUCGCCUCUUCUCAUCAUAUGAUGGGCCAGCAUAAAGAAGAUCUUAAGGACGAUGUCGUGCCCCACGAGUACAUGCUCUCUAUUUACAGGACGUAUUCCGCAGCGGAGAAACUCGGACUAAACGCGAGCUUUUUCCGCUCCUCUAAAUCUGCCAACACCAUAACAAGUUUCGUGGACAGAGGAACAGACGAUCUUUUGCACCCUCCUCUGCGAAGACAAAAGUAUCUGUUUGAUGUCUCAACCCUUUCAGACAAAGAGGAGCUGGUUGGGGCAGAGUUAAGGAUAUUUAGGAGAGCGUUGGGAGACUUACAGACGACAGGCCUCUACCACAUCCAACUUUAUCCCUGCAACUCUGAUAUGCUGCUGGACUCCAGACUGCUGGACCCUUUGGACGCUACCAAGUCCAGAUGGGAGGUUCUGGACGUUAAGGACAUGUUUAAAUCUCUUAAACAUCAUCAUCAUCAUGAACAUAAAGGGAACCAUCUCUGCUUUCAGCUCAGAGUCACUCUCAGUAAUUCUGACAAUGAGUUGGACCUCAGGGUGCUGGGUCUGGACAGGAGCGGGCGGUCCCAGCAGGAGAAAGCCAUCCUGGUGGUCUACACCCGCUCUAAGAAAAGGGAGAACUUCUUCAACGAGAUGAAGGAGAAGAUUAAGUCACGGAGGUCUAUCAAGGAGAUAGAGGUGGUGAGAACUUCAGCGGAGGAGGAGGUGGAGGGGAAAGGUGCGUCCCUCAGCGGGGUCAAAGGGGAGGGGCCCCGGAGGCGGAGGAGGACAGCGCUGAGCAACCGCCAUGGCAAAAGACACGGGAAGAAAUCCAAAUCCAGGUGCAGCAAAAAGGCGUUGCAUGUGAAUUUCAAAGAGCUGGGCUGGGACGACUGGAUCAUCGCGCCCUUGGACUACGAGGCGUACCACUGCGAAGGAGUGUGUGACUUCCCGCUCAGAUCUCACCUGGAACCUACCAACCAUGCCAUCAUACAGACUCUGAUGAACUCCAUGGACCCCAACAGCACCCCUCCAAGCUGCUGUGUCCCCACCAAACUGAGCCCAAUCAGCAUCCUGUACAUAGACUCGGGCAACAAUGUGGUGUACAAGCAGUAUGAGGACAUGGUGGUGGAACAGUGUGGGUGCAGGUAGCGGCCAAUCAACUUAAAAUGAUUUUUUUUUUAAAGAAAAACAUAAAAAUCCAUGACGAUAAGGUUGUAUGGGUGGAAGAGUCCUUACAGGAUACCUCAACUCGUGACAUCCACAUGGGACGCUUGAUGUGAUACUUGCUUAUUUAUUCUAAUUCACUGCUCACAAAAAUGCACACUCUCUGCCUUAAAGUGUUAUUUCCCAACCAUGCAAAAGUUCCUAGUCAUCAAACAGGCCCUUGUUUCCCAGAGAUGUGUUCAUUGUGUGACAAAAUCCCAUUGGAUGCCACCGUGCACCUGUUCGUGCUGUGGCUGUAGAGCACAGAGGCUUUUUGGCUGCCAGCGUUUGGACUUGCAAGCUCUUGUCGUGCAAUCCUGUCCGUAGGGCCGACUCUUUUGGGUCUGCAUCCAGCUCAUAAUUGCCUCUGUCCGGCUGGAGCCAUUGAAGGCUGUACAAGUGCAUGUUUUGAAGGAAAAAAAAAAAGAAGAAAUGAAAGGAGAUAGAAUGUCUCACACACACACACGCACACAGGCACACACAGAGUCAAAGAAGAGGAGCUAAUGCCUUCAAGAGAUUUUUGCCUGACUGCAGACCGGGCUGGAGGCGCUAUGAGGGUUAGCGUGUGCUUUUGUGGACAGAAAAGGACAAAACGGACUUGCUGGCCCUCUGUUUUUGUAAAAAGAUAUUGUCUAAAGCACACACAUGAGGUGAACCUUUUUUUUUUUGCUCAAAAAUCUGCAUCGUUAUGAAAUGCACUUCCGCAGUUUACUGCGCCAAGAAGAUAUUUGAACGUUUGGUGAGGAAAAUGUAAAAUGAGAGACUCGCAAAUGAAGCGAUUUUAAAAUGCACAUUAGCUUUGAAUGCACUGCUGUUCAUUAUUUUUGAGCUGUAAAUAUUUUGUAUAGUCGAUAACUUUACAAAGUGCUCAGAAUGAAAAAAUGAGAGAACUGCAUUUCUUUGUACAUAUACAAAAUGCACUCAAAUCGGUAUAAUUUCUAUUCUAUAAUUAUUUUAUUAUUUGUGAUGUACAGAGUUUCAUGAUAAUCAUAUAUUUCUUACAUUGAUAAGAGUAAUUUAAGGUGUAUUCAAUAUUUUUUUUUGCAGAGGGUGGAAAAUACCAUUACUGUCUACCUCAUCAUUGCGUAUUGGACUCGAGUUUUGAGGUGCAUUCAGUGUAAAGAGCUUAUACAGUAUAUAACAGAUAAUCUAUAUUCAUAUUUUAAUGGAUCCACUCCCUUACUGUAUAAAUAAAAUUCAAAACCAA